AUGGAAGCUUUCGGCGGUUACUUGGUCGAUGAGAAAGCCGUUAGGGUUGAGAACGCUUUCUUAGAUUUUCUCAAAAGUUUCAGAUCUGGACAGCGGAAUGAACUGUAUUACGAAGCGGAGAUUGAGGUGAUGAGAGCUAACGAGUCCAACACCAUGUUUAUCGAUUUCGAGCAUGUCAUCAGAUUCAGUGAUCUUCUUCAGAAAGCUAUCUCUGAUGAAUAUUUGAGGUUUGAAGCUUACUUGCAGAAUGCUUGCAAGAGGUUCGUUAUGGAGCUCAAGCCGACCUUUAUAUCUGACGAUAACCCUAACAAGGACAUCAAUGUUGCCUUCUAUAACAUUCCAAUUGUCAAGAGGUUAAGAGAGUUGGCUACUUCAGAGAUUGGAAGGCUUGUAUCUGUAACAGGAGUUGUAACAAGGACAAGUGAGGUUCGACCUGAGCUUCUCCAAGGAACUUUCAAGUGUCUAGAAUGUGGCGGGGUUAUAAAGAAUGUUGAACAACAAUUCAAGUAUACUGAGCCAACAAUCUGUCCGAAUGCCACCUGUAACAAUAGAACAAGGUGGGCUCUGCUGCGCCAAGAGAGCAAAUUUACUGAUUGGCAAAGGGUAAGAAUGCAGGAGACCUCCAAAGAGAUACCUGCGGGUUCUUUGCCUAGGUCGUUGGAUGUUAUUCUCCGUCAUGAGAUUGUGGAACAUGCUAGGGCUGGUGACACAGUGAUUUUUACUGGCACUGUAAUUGUCAUACCUGAUAUAUUGGCAUUGGCAUCCCCUGGAGAGAGAUCAGAAUGUCGUAGGGAAGCUUCUCAACGCAAGGGCUCUUCAUCUGGAAAUGAAGGUGUGAGGGGCCUUAGAGCUUUGGGAGUCAGAGACCUCUCUUAUCGUCUAGCUUUUAUUGCCAACUCUGUUCAGAUAUGUGAUGGUAGAAAAGAAAUAGACAUCAGGAAUAGGAAGAAGGAUUCAGAGGAAGAUGAUCAGCCAUUUUCUCAACAGGAACUGGAUGAAGUUCAACGAAUGCGGAACACCCCAGAUUUCUUCACAAAACUUGUUGAGAGUGUUGCUCCUACUAUUUUUGGUCAUCAAGAUAUAAAGCGGGCAAUCCUUCUUAUGCUUAUGAGUGGGGUCCAUAAAUCUACUCAUGAAGGCAUCAGCCUUAGAGGAGACAUAAAUGUUUGCAUUGUUGGAGAUCCUAGCUGUGCAAAGUCUCAAUUUCUAAAGUAUACUUCAAGCAUUGUUCCAAGAUCUGUAUACACAUCUGGUAAAUCAUCAUCUGCUGCUGGUUUGACUGCAACUGUUGCCAAGGAACCAGAAACUGGGGAGUUUUGUAUUGAGGCUGGUGCUUUGAUGCUUGCUGACAAUGGUAUUUGCUGCAUUGAUGAAUUUGACAAGAUGGACAUAAGAGAUCAGGUUGCAAUUCAUGAGGCUAUGGAACAACAAACUAUUAGUAUCACGAAAGCAGGAAUACAAGCAACCCUCAAUGCUCGGACUUCCAUUCUUGCUGCUGCCAACCCUGCUGGAGGACGGUAUGAUAAGUCUAAGCCAUUGAAGUACAAUGUGGCUCUUCCACCGGCUAUACUUUCAAGGUUUGAUCUUGUAUACAUUAUGAUUGAUGACCCAGACGAUAAUACAGAUUACCACAUAGCUUCUCACAUUGUGCGGGUUCAUCAAAAGCGUGAAGACGCUCUUUCUCCAACAUUCACUACAGCAGAACUAAAACGCUAUAUAGCCUAUGCAAAAACUCUUAAACCUAAGCUAACGUCAGAUGCAAGAAAACUACUGGUAGAUUCUUAUGUUGCUCUCCGUAGGGCUGAUACAAAUCCUGGCAGUAGGGUUGCAUAUCGUAUGACUGUUAGGCAGUUGGAGGCUUUAAUCAGGCUGUCAGAGGCCAUUGCACGGUGUCAUUUGGAUAAUCAGGUGCAACCUCGCCAUGUUCGCGUAGCAGUAAAACUGCUGCAAACAUCUAUAAUAAGAGUGGAGUCCAGUGAGAUUGAUCUAUCUGAGUUUCAAGAUCAAGAUAGGGAGGAAGAAGCAGGCAGUGGUGAUGGAAAUAAUAAUAAUGAUGAUGGAACUAACGGUGAUAAUGAAAAUCCAGCGGAUGGAUCUAACCCACAAAGAAAGAAAUCAACUGUAACUGAUGAAUACUUUCAGAGGAUUACCAAGGCCCUUGUCAUCCGGCUUAGACAACAUGAGGAGACUGUAGUGCAACAAGGAAGUGACUUGGCUGGGAUGAGGCAACGAGAUUUGAUUAAAUGGUAUGUAGACCAGCAAAAUGAGAAAAAUAACUACAGUUCCAUAGAGGAGGCGAAAACUGAAGUUUCCCAAAUUAAAGCAAUUAUAGAGAUUUUAAUUCGAAGAGAGGGGCAUUUGAUAGUGGUAGAUGAUGGGAGACAAGCUGCAGCAGAAGCUGGUGGUGCAGAACAAACUGAGUCUGCAGCUAGAAAUGAUCGAAUUUUGGCUGUAGCUCCUAACUAUGUCGUUGACUGA